GAUGUCCCGUACUAGUAAAAAAGCGGUUUGUGCAAUAGGUACGCAAUAGAUUGAAGAAAUUGUCCAUAAAUACCGCCGAGUAGUGCAUGUAUGAUAUCCUGUAUACUGUGGUCUGUUGGUGCAACAUUUUAAGCUGCUGUUUAUGUGAUUUGCAUGUAGAGAAGAUGUGAAAGUUGCCAUGGCGGAAGGACCAAGCGAACCCGGAAGUGUUGUUGAUGGUGGCGCGAGUGUCUCCAUGGAGAGGGAGCAGGCACAGGCGAACUUCGAAGAACAAAACGAUGAGAUUCUUGCCCUGGAGUCGAUUCUUGAACAAAAUGUUACUUUAAGGAGCAGACAUCAGGAAGAAGAAGAAGAUAGUAGGUUUGCCUUCAAGGUUGCUGUUCCUGUAGACUUGCCCAGGAGACAGCUGGAGGUACAGCUGUGGCUGCCUGGGGACAGCGAUGUGAAGGAGGCUGAGGCAGCUGCUGUCUGUUCUUCAUCAUCAUCCAGCAGACCAGAAUUCAACAGGUCCAUGUCAGGUCGACGUUGGCAUGCAUCAUUCAAUGUCUCCCACCUGCCUCCCUUGACCCUUGACCUGACCCUUCCUCCGACCUACCCCAGCCAUGACCCGCCCUGCUUUGUCAUCAGCUGCCUGUGGUUGGACAGAACUAAGCUGAGCACGCUCUGUAAACAGCUGGAUGCACUAUGGGAAGAGUCUAAGGGACUGCCCAUCAUCUAUACUUGGGUGGAUUGGCUACAGAGUAGUACUAUCCAAUUCCUGGGUUUGGAUGACUACAUCAUACUGAUGCCCGUGAGCAUGAGGUUUGAUGGAGCAGCCACACCUGAGGAGAAGCAGAAUUUCCUGAGUGAUCCACGAGUCUUGUCUGAGCAAGCUGACCCAGUACAGUGUCUUCAAGAAAUACUCAGGUUCAAUUAUGCAAAGGAGUUUGAGGCCUUCCAAAGGAACACACAGGAGUGUGGGAUCUGUUUUGACUCGAAGCUGGGGGCUGAGUUUUUCCUGAUGAGUGAGUGCCGACACUUCUUCUGCCAGGAAUGCGUUGCUGGGUACUGCCAGAUCCACGUGAAGGAUGGGACAGUUCAUCAGAUCAGCUGCCCAGAUGAGGGAUGCGAUGGCAGCCUGCCCCCAGAUGUGAUCAGACAGGUGUUGGGAGAAGAGGAGUACCAGCGAUGGGAGAGUCUUCUUCUACAGAAAACAUUAGACACGAUGGAUGACGUUGUGUGGUGCCCCAGAUGUAACAACGUGGUGAUCAGAGAUGCUGACCAGGACAGCAAGCUUGCACAGUGUGGCUCCUGUCUGUUCUGUUUCUGUACCUCCUGUGGGGAUGCCUGGCACCAGUCCAGAGAAUGCAGGUCUGUAGAAGACAAGCUGCAGGAUCUCACCAAGCAACUUUUAGGUGACAAGGCAGGAGAGGUUUUAGAAGGGACGGAGGAAGAAAUCAUUGCUGCUGCUAAAAAUGUCCGUGACCCAAAAGAGUUUCAGAGAAAGGCCCAGCUCCUCAGCAGGUUGCGCGCAGAAAGGCUUUCCAAAUCCACCAUCACUAAAACCACCAAACGUUGUCCCCAAUGCAAGACAAACAUUGAGAAGAGUGAGGGGUGUAACAAGAUGACGUGUUCCAAGUGUGGAACAUACUUCUGUUGGCUGUGCUGCAAGAAAAUCAAUGGUUACGACCACUUUGGAUCAAAGUGUGUUUUGUUCCAAGUGAACGUGCCUCCUGCUGUUUUUAACAGGGUACCAGAACGGGAAGUUCCUGAGGGAAUGAGGAGACUACAGGAAGCCCUUGACAGGGACCCUGAGGCAAUCCACCGAGUCAAGAACUGCCCAAACUGUCGACAACGUAACCUGAAGACUGGAACUAAUAAUCACCUCAAGUGCUGGUCCUGCCGUGCUAACAUCUGUUACCAGUGUUUGACCAAGAUUACUGGACCAGUCACUUCACACUUUAUCCCACCAAACCCCUGCAAGCAACACAGCUAACACUGUGACCAAGGAAAUUAUAAUGACCAGUACAUGCUGCUGUUUGUGCAUGAGCAGUUGUAUAUUAUAAUAUGCAAUGCCAGAUUGUGCUUUAUUACUGACAAUCUUUUAGCUGGGUCAAACAUAGGAUGGAAGAUGUAUCAUAGCAUACUUAUUAGAUGAAUUGUUACCUGAAGUUUUAUGUGAUAUGACAAAGUUACACGAGUUAACGAUUGAUUUAUGGAAAAUUAGCAGGAUCUUUGAUUUUAUAUGAUAUUUAUCAUGUUCUCUGUAUAUCAGUUUGUGCUGAGGUCUGCCAUUAUAUGUCUGUAGCCAACCGCUGUGCCCCCUCCCAUCCACAACCCUAAUCUCCAAGCAGAUAUUCCUGACUGUGCAAGACGGCAUCCUGGGCUGAAACAUCCAACCGACAACUUUUUUGUUUCAGCCCAUGGAUACCAUCUUGCCAUCAGAAAACCUGCUUGAAUAGUACCACAACUAUCUCAGCAAUGUAUCGCUGUAUUGUCCUUUUUCAAGUUACCACUUGGCUAACUCUUUUCUUCUUUCCAGCUGGAUUCCAGGUCAUAGUUACCCUGGAUAUGAUAUGGCUUCACUUUUAUCAUAGUGGAGUAAGUGUAACUUUGGCACUGAUAAAUAUCAUUCUUACAAUGAGCGACACGUCAUACAGAAUUGAUUCCCAUAUUGUACCUUUAUUUCAUCACCAAAAAAAUCUCAAUCACCUUCUUACAGAAGUGUCAUAAUCUUUCCUGCUAUUAAAAUACCUUUGAAAAAGUAGGUUUCAUGCA